AUGCACACCUACGACGAGAAGAAGAAGAAGCAGCCGCAGCAGCGGCCGCUUCUUCUCAAUCGGUACGAGAAGGGAGAGCUCUUGGGCGUGGGCAACUUCGCGUGCGUGUACCACGCGAGGCACAUUUCAACGGGCGACGAGGUCGCAAUAAAGGUGGUAGAGAAAAGCAAAAUCUUCAAAUCAGAGCUGAGCAAGGAACACAUCGAGCGCGAAAUCGCCGUGCUCUACCGCCUCCGCCACCCCAACAUCGUCCGUCUCUUCGAAGUCAUGGCCUCCAAGACCAAGAUCUACAUCGUCAUGGAGUACGUCCGCGGCGGCGACCUCCUGCACAAGCUCUCCACCGACGGCGCGCUUAGCGAGGCCGUCGGGCGGAAAUUCUUCCAACAGCUCAUCUCCGCGGUGAAAUUCUGCCACGCGCGGGGCGUCUACCACCGCGACAUCAAGCUCGAGAACCUGCUGGUCGACGAGAAGGGUGAUCUGAAGCUGUCGGACUUCGGCCUCAGCGCCGUCGCCGAGCAGAAGCGCGCGGCCGCGCUCUUCUCCACAAUGUGUGGCACUCCGGCAUACGUCGCGCCGGAGUUGCUGGCGCACAGGGCCUACGACGCCGCGAGGGCCGACGUGUGGUCGUGCGGCGUCGUGCUCUUCGGCCUCCAGGCGGGCUACCUCCCCUUCCGGGACAUCAACGGGAAAGCCAUGGGCCACAGAAUUCGCAAAGGCGAAGUCCGGUAUCCGAAGUCGUUCUCCUCGGACUUGACCGGCCUGCUCCACCGGAUCUUUGUCCCCGAUCCGACUAAACGGAUCACGAUAUCGGAGAUCAUGGAGACGUCGUGGUUCCGAAAGGAUUUCCGGGAGGUGAAGUUAUACGACAGGUGCAGCAGCUUGGACAAUAUCGAAUACGAGCACACCCCCGGCUCGUCGUUCGACUCCUCUCCGGCGGCGAGGAGGCUGACGAAGCUCAACGCAUUCGACAUCAUCUCCUUCUCGCCGUGGCUGAAACUGUCGGGGAUGUUCGAGGACGGAGGGUGCGAGCGAUGGUACACAUCGAGUGCGGAGGUGCUGGAGAUCGUGUCGAGGCUCGAGGAGAUCGCAGGAUCGGUUGGGUUCACCGUGCAGACCAAGGAUUUCGUGGUGAGCAUCGAGGGGAGGGAGAAAGAGGAGGAAGAGCCGCUGUGGAUCGUGGUGGAGGUGUCGGAGCUCACUCCGGAUGUCGCCGUCAUCGUGGCGACGAAAAAGGGAGGGGAUAGGGAGGAGUACGAGGAGUUUUGCAAUAACAAGCUGAGCCCCGGACUGCAGAGCCUCAAAGGCAACACUUCUCUUGAAAAUGCGGCAUGUGGAGUGCACUAA